GUGGAGGGUGGAGGGUGACCAUGCUGCAUGCACCUUCUAUGAGGAAUUUUGGUUGAGUGUACUUGCUUCUCUAUGGAAAGAAGGUGAGGAGGGGAAGAAGUGACUGCUGAUGGAAAAUGGAAGGAAAAGAGGGUGUUAGACAUAUAAGGUCAAAGUUUGAAGGGCACAGGCAUGAAGUCUCUGAAAAGAGUGACAGGUCCAUGCAUCAGCCUGCAGCAUCACCUGCAAAGGAGCAGAGAGAUGCACUUCAAACUGGGUUCAAGACCAACCAAUCACCUAAACUAGCAGAACCAAAAAGGAUGGAUUUAACAAAUGCUUCCUUGUCUCAGAGUAGACUCCAAGGCCUGGGACAAAGAUUACCAGAUCAUCGUUUUUUUGAAAAACCUGCAUUGGUGCCCAAGUCAAAGAAUGGGAAGGUAGUGGAAUCCAGCUUGUACCCAGCCCGUCUGAAAACAGAAAUGAAAGAAGCACCACCAAAACAGACGGCUGCAAGGGGCAACAUAAACCUUCCUCAGAAAAGCCUGACUCAGCACAAAUGGCCACCGAUCCCAUAUUCUAAGAAUGAAGGAGUAAGUUCGGGUACUUUGCAAACUCCUACCACAGGGACAGCUGUCCCAGCCCCAGUGGAUACUCCACGGAGUGUAACUGAGAAAGACCUCGCAAAGGUUCCUAGGAAAAAGCCUCUCCCGCAAGCAAGACCACUGCAGUCGAAACCAGUCAAACCCAGUCGCCCUCCUGUAGUGGAUCUAGAGAGGUUCAGGAAGGCCCGAGCACAUGCUUCUGUACCAGAGCCACAGAGAGAUGUGCGGCAUGGUUACUCGAAGCCAGAUCCUGCUUCCUUUGUACGAGUUCCACCUAAAGCUGCUCCAUUUCCUCACGCCUCAAGUUUAGCAGGAGAACAAGAUGAGAUAUAUGAUGAUGUGGAAACAGUUGGACCAGUCAACAAAGGCAAACAGCUCCUAUUACUCCCUGCUUCCCAGCCCGCAGCCUCUUUCCAUUCUGGACAAGGUGGAAGGACUGGUCUGACCCCUGGCAGAUUUCCUCCAGACUUCGCCACACUGAGAAAAUCCCAUAUUUCAAAACAAAGAAGGGAAAAUGUGAAGAAUCUCAAAGACUACAAGAAAGAAGAGAAAGCAGAUAGGGAAUUUCAGAAGAAAUUCAAGUUCGAAGGAGAAAUCCGAGUUUUGACACGGAUGAUGAUCGAUCCCGCUGUGACUGAGAAAAGAGGAGGAGGGAAGAAUCUUCCAGUCAAACGAGGAGAAAUUGUGGAUGUCAUUCAGUUUACAAGUCAUGAGAAAAUUAUCUGCCGAAACAGCCAGUGGAAAUAUGGCUACAUUCCCAGGGCAGUGCUGCUGCAUCUGGAUGCUGAUAUUUAUGAUGAUGUUGACAUUUGUGAUGAAAUAAUGAAUGUUGCAGUCAAAACCGGCAAGUGAUUUCACAAGCAUAAGACGUUAUGAAGACUAAAAUAUAAAAAAAAAUUAUAUGCAA